AUGAUUAUCCGGUUUUAGGAAAAUCUUGUUGAUGAUUAAACACGUGUUAUAAUUGUUAAUUGUUUUCUAUUUAAUCUAAUUAAUUAAUUUACGAUUUAAUUUAUCAUUAUGGCUGAAUGGGAACUUACGAAUAAAUUAGGAACCUACUUAGAUCGACAUUUGGUCUUUCCUUUGUUAGAGUUCUUGUCUACUCAUGAGAUUUACGAGGAAAAUGAAUUACUUCAAGUCAAAUUGGAUCUUCUUAAUAAUACCAAUAUGGUUGACUUUUCAGUUGAUGUUUGGAAACAGCUCAAUCCUGAUCUUGCUGAUUCACCGCCUGAUCACUUUUUUGAGAAAAGAAAUGGAGUUGUAUCACAAUUGAAAGAACUUGAAAAUGUUACCAGGCCAAUUUUAGCUUUACUAACCGACGAAACUAUUAGCCAAGAGAUAGCUAAAGCUCGAGAUGUCCGCCAAUUGUUGGAUUACUUACAAAAAAAUCACGGAUUUAAUCCUGAUAUGGUUGACAGUUUAUUGGAAUUUGCUAAAUUUCAAUAUGAAUGUGGUAAUUACUCUGGUGCCGCUCAGUAUUUAUCUUCUCAUCGAAUGUUGAUUUCACCAAAUGAUAAAAAUUACCUUAGCAAUUUAUGGGGUAAAUUAGCCUGUGAAAUACUAAUGCAAAGAUGGGAAGUUGCUUUGGAAGAUUUCAAUCGUCUCAAGGAAUUUAUCGAUAGCUAUCCGUUCUUUGCUAAUCAAUUACACUUGUUACAGCAAAGAACUUGGUUAAUCCAUUGGAGUUUAUUUAUAUUUUUCAAUCACUCACAAGGACGAGAUAUGUUGAUCGAUAUGUUUUUGGAGAAGAAAGCAAAUUAUCCUAAACAACAAACCAACAAUCCUUAUUUGAAUGCUGUCCAAACGAUGUGCCCUCACAUUUUGAGAUAUCUAACAACUUCCGUUAUUACUCAUCGUAAGCGACGUGAACACAUGAAAGAAUUGGUUAAAGUUAUCCAACAAGAAUCAUACACUUACCGUGACCCAAUCACCCAAUUUGUCGAGUGUCUCUGUGUAAACUUUGAUUUCGAUGGAGCUCAAAAGAAGCUUCGUGAAUGUGUCGAAGUUUUCGAACACGAUUUCUUCUUAGUGGCUUUAAAAGACGAUUUCAUUGAAAAUGCUCGUCUUUUUGUCUUCGAGAUUUUCUGUCAAAUCCAUGAAUGUAUAUCCAUCGGAAUGUUGGCCGAAAAACUGAACAUGACUCCAGAAGAUGCGGAGAAAUGGAUCGCCAACCUUAUUCGACAAGCAAGACUUGAUGCCAAGAUCGAUUCUAAAUUAGGUCAUGUGGUCAUGGGAACUCAAGCGGUUUCACCAUAUCAACAAUUGAUUGAGAAAACCAAAGCCAUGGGAAUCCGAUGUCAAGUUCUUACCAUGAAUCUGGAAAAGAAAUUACAUUCUGUACAAGAAAGAGGUUGGGAUCUUUCUUAAAUAUAACAAUUUAAUCAUUUGAUAUUUGAUUAAAUAUCUCCAAUCAAAUAAAUGUAAUUUGAAAGCUUAAUUGUCAAUCUUUUUUUUUGCAAUUAAAAACUGGUAAAUAAUUUUACUUUAA